UAAAAAUGAAAAUUUUGAGUUCUCUACUCCUUGUUUUCAUCGUCCUCUUUUCUGCAGUGAAAGGGGUGCAUGCUGAAGACGAGAUCGACGGAGGAAUAAUGCUUAGGAUUACCAAUCAAUUCCUGGAAACAGUUAAGACAGAGUUAAUCAAUGAGAUAUUUACUCACUUCAGACCUACAGACAGGAGCUAUGCAAAUAGCACUGAUUUGGAUCUGUUCAAAGUCUUCUAUGAAAUUACAGACAUAGAUCUGGAUGACUUCGGAAUGGACUACAGGAAAUCCUCUAUUAGAUUCCAAGAAGAGAAGCCAAAUAUUCUGAUUGACUUGGUAGAUUUCAAAACAAACCUUGAUUUCAACUUUAAUGUUACUGCUAGACCUAAAUUUUAUGAUGACGUUGGUGAAGGAGCAGUUCAUUUUGAAUUCGAUAAGUUCAGAAUUGGACUAACUAUCUUCGAAAUUGAAGGAGCUUUCCAAUUCAAGAUUGAUGAAAUCAAUGCUGAACUCAAAGAGGAUGCAAGUGGAAGUUAUUUCAAUGGGACAGGAGAUCUAUCUUUUGCUUUGAAUCAAGCAGCAGUAUUGCUCCAAGGUCAAUUAUUGCAGAAUCCAAAUGAAACACUUGCUCAGAUUGUAAAUCUUGCUCUUCCGUCAAUCAAUUCUGCUCUUGCAAGAAAUGGAUGUGAAGAAGACUUUGGACCAAUGGUAUUCAAUUGGUGUGCUAUGCAACAGCCGAUUUUUACAGAUAAUGAUCUUGUCCUUGUUUUCAAGGGAGAGGCAUCCCCAAAUGUUGAUACUAGAUUUGGCUAUCCUGAGCUAAGAAAGAUCCCAUACAAAUUUGAUCGUAGCUUGAAGGACAUUUCUUUGUUCAUCUCCGACUACACCUUGAAUACUACUCUUUGGUCUGCUUAUUACAACGAUUUACUCAAAUAUGAUUUGAGAACAUUAGGAACAGCAGAAGAAGGAAAACCAGCUCCUCCAAUUCCAGCCUCUACUUUGUUCAUUCUUUUCCCAGAGUUGCACAAGCAUGUUGAGAAGGACACUCCUCUCAGUAUUUUUGUUCAUGCAGUAGAUGACGUUACUCCAACACUCAAGAUAAUUAAUGGAGAGACUACUGCAGAUCUUGUUGUUCAAGUCAGCUUUGCUACUUUAGAUAGCCAAGGCAAUAGGGAUCCUUUCCUUGAAGUAAAGUCUAACAUGAACGUAGUUGCCAAUUUCAGAAUUGAUUCUCCUUUCACUUUUAAAACUGAUAUCAGCAAAAUGAGAUUCAAAGCAGAUGAAUUAAGCUUGGAUAAAUUCGUCAUCACUAAUGUCAGAGAUCUGAACUCUAUUAUCGGAACAAUGUCUGGAUUUGUCAGAAAUUUUGUAAACAGACAAUUCUCAGGCAUGAAAUUCAAAGAGUUUGAUCUAUCAUUUAUCAAGAUGAAUGUUGAAAGAACAGUUCUCAAAGAAGUAGAUAGAUAUAUCUAUGGAUCAAUGGCUCCCAGAUUUGAGAGUGCUAGCACCAUUGAGCCCCUUGAAUCUCACCAAGUUAUUAGUAAAUUUAAUAUCAAGCCUGCUACUCAUGAUGACAAGAUAAAUGCUUUGUCUGAGUUGAUCAAAUAUACCCCACUGUAUGCUUCUCUGCAGGAAUUCACAAAGAACCAUCAUCUCUAUGAAGCUAUUGGACAUGCUGCAGGAGCCGGCUUAGGAAUGAACUUAGAGCAUGAUUUCCAUGAAGAUGCUCCAUUACCAAAAGAGAGAACUGAAGAUUACUCCUAAAUUAAGACCUAUGCUAAGUAUAUCAAUAGACUUUGGUUAUAUUUA